UCGGCUCCAGCCGCCGCCGAGCUCCGCGGGGCCCGUCUCUGAGGAGGAGGCACGGGACCGGCUGCCCGGCGAGGCGCUGCACCAUGGCGGGCGCUGACUGAGUUUCAAUGCAACAUCAUACAACUGCUGCACAGAGGACAGAAAACUUGCCUUGAUCUAGCAAGACUCUGCUUUUCUGAAGCACAUCUUUGGGUGCACAGUUGAAAGAAUUUGAACAAAGCUGAUAUUUCUUAGUUGUCCAUUUUGUUGCACUUUCACUCUUAGAAACAAUGAACAGCUUCAGCAAUGAGGAGUUUGACUUCACCUUCCUUGAUGAAGGCUUUACUGCCAAGGAUAUUCUAGACCAAAAAAUAAAUGAAGUCUCUUCCUCUGAUGAUAAAGAUGCUUUCUAUGUUGCUGACCUUGGGGAUGUCCUAAAGAAGCAUUUCCGAUGGUACAAAGCACUCCCUAGAGUAACACCCUUCUAUGCUGUCAAAUGUAAUGACAGUAAAGCUAUAGUGAAGACACUUGCUACUCUUGGUGCAGGGUUUGAUUGUGCUAGUAAGACUGAAAUCCAGUUAGUACAGAACAUUGGUGUACCUCCAGAGCGAAUAAUAUAUGCAAAUCCUUGCAAACAAAUCUCUCAAAUUAAACAUGCUGCCAACAGUGGUGUGCAGAUGAUGACUUUUGAUAGUGAAGUAGAGCUAAUGAAAGUUGCAAGAGCUCAUCCAAAGGCAAAGCUAGUCUUGCGCAUCGCAACUGAUGACUCCAAAGCGGUUUGUCGCCUGAGUGUUAAAUUUGGAGCUACCCUCAAAACUAGCAGACUUCUUCUGGAGCGGGCAAAAGAACUUGACCUUGACAUUAUUGGAGUCAGUUUCCAUGUUGGAAGUGGCUGUACUGACCCAGAGACGUUUGUUCAAGCUAUUUCUGAUGCCCGUUGUGUCUUUGAUAUGGGAACAGAGCUUGGCUUCAGUAUGCAUCUGCUUGAUAUUGGUGGUGGUUUCCCUGGUUCUGAAGAUGUCAAGCUUAAAUUUGAAGAGAUCACAAAUGUAAUCAAUCCAGCGUUGGACAAAUACUUUCCUUGUGAUUCUGGAAUAAGAAAUGCAGAGCCUGGCAGAUACUAUGUUGCAUCAGCUUUCACGCUGGCAGUUAACAAAUUGCAAAAAAAGUUUAUUAAGGAGCAGUCAGGUUCUGAUGAUGAGGAUGAUACUAAUGGCAAAACUCUUAUGUACUAUGUGAACGAUGGAGUGUAUGGAUCAUUCAAUUGCAUCCUGUAUGAUCAUGCACAUGUUAAACCAGUCUUGCAAAAGAGACCUAAACCAGAUGAGGGCUGUUAUUCCUGUAGCAUAUGGGGACCAACAUGUGAUGGCCUGGAUCGUAUUGUCGAGCGCUUUGAUAUGCCAGAGUUGCAAGUUGGUGAUUGGAUGCUGUUUGAAAAUAUGGGUGCCUACACAGUUGCAGCUGCUUCCACUUUCAAUGGAUUCCAGCGGCCAGCAAUACAUUAUGUGAUGUCAAGGCCAGCAUGGCAACUAAUGCAACAGAUUAAGGAGCAAGGUUUUGUAGCUGAAGAAGAAGAGCAGGAUGUCAGUACUUUGCCACUGUCUUGUGCCUGGGAAAGUGGAAUUGAACAUCAUCCGGCAGCUUGUGCUUCAACUAGUAUUAAUGUAUAGAUAUUGUUUAACUGCAAGUUUAUUAAUUGAAUCUCUAGGGCAUUUUGGGGACCAUUAACUUAAUUCUUGCUAGAAUUUUUAAAUGGUUUUUUGUUUAAGUCUAGGGUCAGCAUAAAUGCAACAAAAUGGAUGACUAGGAGAUGGGGGUCACAUUAUCUGUGUUCCUAUGGAAACUAUUUGAAUAUUUUAUAUGGAUUUUUACUCACUUUCAAGUAUGCUACUAAAGAUUAACCCUUGACUGUCAGACAAGCAUUUGUAGCUUGUAUAUUGGCAGAAUGGGCUGAGCUUAGUGUUGUGACCUAACUUUUAAAAUAAAGUGUAUUGAAAUAACUGGCUAUUCUCUGGUGUACACGAAUUUUAAAACUGUCAUGAAUGGAUAGUAAAGUAUUGGUGGUUGCUUUGCCAUAUAGACCUAGUAAAGGAUGUGCAGUGGAUUUAGCCUUGUAAAACUGUCUUGAAAGCAUACCAGCUAAGUUUAGCAUUGCAUAGUGUACUAUAAACAUACUCUUCUAGAUUUUUAUGGUGAAUGAUAGCUGAAAUACUUACGCACUGGGCAGCAGAGGUGGUUAGUCCACUUCUCUAAUGGAUUGUCUGUCUUUUUUUUGUUUUUUAAUGUCACUGACCAUUAACAGAUUUUAAUGCAAACUAAAGAAGCUGCUAAAAAUAAUCGAUGGAGUUAAAAUUAAUUGGCCACUCUAAUAUGCUACAACAAAGAUACUGAAGUCAUCUCAAAACUUUGCACAGGUCAGAAUUUAUAGUUUGCUGUGAUGGUAACCAAACUUAAAUAUAGGUGGGUGGGGACUAAGGUUGUCAACCUUCAAGAGUUAUCCUGGAGUCUCUGGGAAUUCACAUAUAUUCUUUUCAUAAAGAUUAACCUCUAACUUCCAGGAAUCGUACAAUCAAAACUGGCAACCUUAGUGCAGACUGAGCUAUAGAAGUUGAGGCCAGAUCUUCAAAUGUUCUUAAGCGUUUCAGUGCCUCAUUGACCUGCUGCCUAGGGGAAUUGUCAGCCCUGGGAAUGUUUGCUCUAAGGAAAAAGUAGAACCUGUAGGUCCCUGGUCUAGAUUACUGAGUUCUGGUAAGAUGCUAAGACUUAAUAGCAGAUAUAUGAAGGAUAAACAACUCUACCAGCACAUCCACUGAUAUAGAAAAGCUUUAGUUCCUCUUUUUUUUUAGAGAUUGUUAGAGAAUAUUAAAUACAGUUCUUAGUUUCAGAACUUUCAGCCACAGUUAACUGAUUAUUCCACAGGCUUGUGCAGCUAGGCUCAUUGCAUAAGCUUAUCUCUUCUUCCUAUCUGGCCUUCAGUUGAAAAUCAGAUUUUUAACUCCUUUUCAGAGUAAAUGGUCAUCCCUGCUUAAAACCAUACCAGUUUCUUAGGCCCCUAUGUUACAAAUUAAAUAAGACUCAAGAUUAUAUGACAAAUAAAUGCUUAAUGUUCUCCA